CCAGCUGUUGCUGUUCUAGCACCUGAUUUUAUCAUUUUUGUACAGUUUAUAACACUUUUACAAUCUACGCUAUCGUCAUACGACAUUUUUUCUCUAAUACAGGCACCCAUAGCGAAAUCUCGCUGUAUCUUUCAGAGUUUGCUGUUUCUAGUCGAAGUCCUUUUCCUGACCGAGCCGAAAAGUGGGUUUUUCGCCAGGUUGCGUGGGGAAAGUGAGGGGUAUGUCCAGCGCGGAACUUGCACACGGUUCUGCCUCUCGAACAAAGAUGCACCGGAAAAGGGGUAA